UAUGACGAAUUUAUCAUUGCUAGUCUUUAAACGCAGCAAGUAUGGACUCUUGCCAGAUACAUAUCGUGAAGUUUUCUAGAUUUCCCGUGAAUAUUAUGUUUUUUCCCAUCGUCUGCUGGGUACGUGCGUCUAAUGUUAUGGUAUGGGGUAGAAUAAAUGCUCGAGUGCUUCAAAGCAAUAAAUAAAUAUCAUGUAAGUAUAUGUAGUUGGGUUUGAAAACAGGCCAACGCCCGUAACUUCAAUAGUCUAACGGCUGAGAUCUUAUGGUACAAAUUAUAACAAUUUAUUCCCAUGGAUAGUUUUCCUAAAAUCUAUUAAUAAUGCAUUCGUCUCUAUGAAAAUCAUCACCCAAUAAAGCAUCACUAUAUUUGUGUGUGUGUGUGUGUUUGGGGAAUAUGCCAUGGUUAUUGUCGGCUGUAGCACGAGUUUAUGUAUGAAUAUUUGCAAGUUUUGUCUGUAGGCUUGUUGUCCUCUCUUGUAGAUGUUUCUCCCCGUUUCAGUGCUAUGAUUUUCUUUGGUUAUAUUGUCUGCGACACGAACAACCUGCUCAAAGGGUUUAUCUAUGACGAUUACAUCGUGGCCUGAGUCACACUAUAUAUCCUGAUUACUUGAUAUACUCAUUCCUUUCAUCUUAGCGUGCUGGGACGAGUUGUUUAAAUUUAUUUGUAAUUUUAAUACGUGAUAUUUUAAGCUUAUUUUUACAAGAAAACACUUAGUUCUUUCAUAAGAUUACUUUUAAACUUGUUUUUAUUAUUUGUUAACGUUUGAAAUUAAUACAAAAUUACUGAAAAAUAUUAUAAGUUUUAUAAGAUUAAUAUAGAAUUACACAUAGUUAGAUCAAAUUAGUUUUAUGUAUUUCAACCUUUUUUAAAUCACUCAAUCGUUUGUGAAUUGGUGUUUUGAAUGUAUUAAAUCUAAUCGGAACUAACUCCUUUGUAGCCUCACUAUAAUAAGUAGGAAAUAUUCGAAGAUACCCUAUUCCUCGACAGUGGUGACAAGGAAAAUUGUAUGUUUACUGUUGGAUAUAAGUGGGAUAUAUCAAUUGUGGGAAUUCUUACAUUUUUCUCUGGUAUUUUCAUGUUUCUUUUAACUAUCUUCUAAUUUAAUAUUAUAUGGUACUUUUGUUUUUGUGUGGAAAUAUUUUUAAGGUACAUAGAUCAUGACACCUCUGCCUCCUUGAUAUUGUAUGUAUGCACUAUGCAGGGAACCCCGAUAUAACAUGAUUAUAUCGUGCUAUCUUUUGUCUUUUUUCUCUCUCACCUUAAUAAAUGUAUAGUGUUGGCAUUUCUUGGGAGUGAUGUGCUUGAGCUUUUCCUUUUUCUCCUUGUGCUCCGCUAGCAACUAAGUAGGUGGUAUAAAUUGAACGAUGUGAGUAGGCUCGGCGGCAAAUAUACGAGUUAUGUUGUUUGCGGUAUCAUGCAACUUUCGGCCUUUGAAUAGAAAAUUUUAAUUAGAACAUUUACAUAAAUUAUUUCUCUUUUCUCUGACAAAUAUAAGGUAAUUAGUAAGCAACUUGCUUUUUUUUUUUUUAACAGAAAUAGAACGGUAAGGAACUUGUUUAUCCUUCAAUAAAUCCAACUUGCAGACUUGAAUGAUAAUCUUGUUUUCUUUUUUGACAGGGACAUGAAUGAUAGUUACAAUACAAUUUAAUAACGAUUUUCUUUUCAUAAUUCUUCUGGGACAACUUUUGUGUUACUCUCUUUGGUUUGGGAGAGUUUUUUUAUUUUCAAGUUCAUAGAUAUAAAAAAUAAAUUAAUUAAAAACUAAGAUAAAUAUAAAUAUAUAGGGUCUUUUGGUGUAGACAAAUAUAUAGUGUCUAAGAUAUUAAUCACUUGUGUUAGGUGUGAAUAAUUAUAAUGGGAAAUUGUUAUCGAUGAAGUGACUCAUUUACAGAAUCGCUUAAGAUAGUUGAUCAGAGCCGUUAAAUUUUUGUGAGAUAAGCCACCUUCUUGAAGAGCCUUCAUCGUCUAAUUGCGUGAGGUUUAUGACCACCGUCCAUCAACCUCCGGACAGCCAGCUCCACCCCAAUCCCUCUAACCUCAGUCACCAGCUUAUGGUUGUAGAAGUGUUGGUCAUGCACCCCAGCGCUCACAGCCUCCACCGUAGAGUUCCACCCCGCAGUGCGUCACCAACGCGCCGAUAGCGAUAUGAAAUCGUGACCCGAUCCCGCAUGCAGUCUCGUAAAGCUGUUUAUCCUGGAAAUCACAAAGGCUCCCAAAGCAUAUGCACACCACCCAGUUCACUCGCUUCGACACUCAUGGUGUUGUUAGUAAGAGUGAAAGCCGAAGGAAUGGCGCCGCAUCAUAUCCCUCAUCUCAAUGAAUCAAUAGACCAAAAACACACCGCUUUCCCUUGCACCAGCACCGAUCACGCAAUGCGAGGCCACGAUUGGAUCAACACCUGCUUUCCCGACGACUUAAUCGUAGAAAUCUUCUCCCGCCUCCACUCCAUGUCCACCCGCGACGCUUGCUCCCUCGUCUGCCGCCGCUGGUUCCGCCUCCAGCGCCUAACCCGAACCACCCUCCGAAUCGCCUCCACCCAUCUCUCCUCCCUCCACCGUCUCCCCACCCGUUUCUCCAAUCUCAGAAACCUCUACAUCGACCAAAGCCUCUCCAUUCCCCUCCACCUCGGGAAAAUGCUACCGAACUACGAAGAGGGCGAUCUUGAUUUUCUCCGUUUAUCAGAUGCUGGUUUAUCUGCUCUCGGCCAAGACUUCCCCAAGCUUCACAAAUUGGGCUUAAUCCGGUGUUCCAGCGUCUCUAGCGAUGGCUUGACACCCCUAGCUCGGAAAUGCACCUCUCUCAGAGCCUUGGACUUACAAGUUUGUUAUGUUGGGGAUCAAGGUCUGGCUGCUGUUGGACAGUGUUGCAAGCAGCUUGAAGACUUGAAUCUGCGAUUCUGCCAUCGAUUGACUGAUACUGGUCUGGUUGAAUUAGCCUUAGGUGUGGGGAAGUCAUUGAAAUCUCUUGGUGUGGCGGCUUGUACCAAGAUAACUGAUAUCUCAAUGGAAGCUGUAGGAUCACAUUGCAGAUCCCUCGAGAACUUGUCGUUGGAAUCUGAGACCAUUCAUAAUAAAGGGCUGCUUGCUGUGUCCCAAGGAUGUCCGGCUUUGAAGGUUCUAAAACUGCACUGUUUUGAUGUUACAGAUGAUGCUCUGAAAGCUGUAGGCACUAACUGUCUGUUACUGGAGUUAUUGGCAUUAUAUAGUUUUCAGAGAUUUACUGAUAAGGGGUUGCGUGCCAUUGGGAAUGGAUGUAAGAAGUUAAAGAAUUUGACUUUAAUUGAUUGCUAUUUCAUAAGCGAUAAGGGUCUGGAAGCAAUUGCUACUGGCUGCAAGGAACUUACACAUCUUGAAGUUAAUGGAUGUCACAACAUUCGAAAUUUGGGGCUAGAAUACAUUGGGAGAUCUUGCCAGUGAGCAUCUAUCCAGCUGUAAAAGCACCUAUGAAGUUUUCAACUCAGGUUACUUCUGGGGACUAUAUUAUGUGGAAUACUCUUGGAAAGUGCCCACAUGUUGCCACAAUAAAAAGGUAAGUAUGAAUGGCCACCGAUGUAAAGAAAACUCUGGAAUGAUGUACUUUAUUCGCUCCAAGUAUUGUGGAGACACGAUUGAAUCUUGCUCCCUAGUGGCUAAUUUAGCAAAUAAUAAAUGUUUUUGGAGUUGUAAUUGGGGAUGGGAUUCGUUGACAUGAAGUGGAAGUCUUGAUAAACUUACACAUGAUCAUAUCUUAUACAAUGAUUAAAUUUAUAUUGUGAUUUA